UGCAAAUAUCCCGACGCGGAUCCGUGUCAGUCAUUUGACUUAUUCAAGCAGCAAAUAGGAGAUGAAAGGAAGGGUCUGAGGUAGUUUUUAGUCAGGGACAGAGAGGACACAGCACUGACAUGGGUGAGUCUCAGUCGAGGUCAGAGAUGCUUCACCAUCAGGACCAACCUCGGAACUCGGCCUAUGGAGGGCAAGGAGGCUCCAACAAUGGCUCUUCCUCCUCGCUGCGAAACAGGAAGUGUGACAAAGAUGGCAACUUCAACUUCCUGCCGGGCAAAGAUGACGAGGGCUCCACGGGCAACGGAGGAGGAGACGAGAAUCGAAACCAGGUGCGUCCCCGCAACCUGGGCCCACUGGGCCGUGACCCUCCGAACUCAGCGUAUCACCACAACUCAGGGCUCCUGUCGCCGCGCUCCCGCCUGCCCUGCUGGAGCCCCCUGGAGCCCCUGCCCGAAAUCGAGAGCGGGGACGACGGCUACGGCCGGGUGCCCCCCGACGGAGCAGAGGAAGGUAGGAUGGAGGAAGAGGUGAGGAGGGUGAUGAUGAGCCACAAUGAGGAGAAGCAGAGAGAGAAACAGGGGGAGCAGCGACGGAAAAGCAGCUCGGCCUUCAGAGGAAAGGGGGACGAGGGAGGUGAUGUGGGGCUGGAGGACAGCGACGAAUGGGGCAACAGCGACUCCGAUUCUGAGUUCAGCUACCAGUCCGGCGGCAGCAUGUCCUCCCUCAACUUGGACAGCGGAGGCGAAGGGAUGCUCAUGGGAGGCUGGGACCGCAUCGGAGUCGGGGAACCAAAAUCCAACCAACUGGAAAGUGACCCCACCAGAAACAGCAACAGAGAACCAGCUGCGAGGCACCGAAGCUUCAGCCGCAAGUCGCUGACAGGAAGCAGCCUGGGAAAUCUUCUGGAGGAGGGAGCCGAGGAGCAAGACGAUGACGACCGGUCCUCAGACUCCAACGGCGAGCUGCCAGAGCUGAUGGAUGCGGUGUGGACGCUGCGAGACCGCGAGCGCUUCAAAGCCCAGGAGAUGGAGAAGCACCAGGUGCAGCUGACCAUGUACCGCCGCCUGGCGCUGAUCCGCUGGGUCCGUACCCUGCAGGGCCGCAUCCAGGAGCAGCAGAACCGCCUGCAGUCCAGCUUCGACGUCAUCCUCACACAGAGGAAGGAGCUGCUGCGCAUGGGCGCCGCCGCUGCCGCCAUGGCCAACGCUGCGCCCGCUGCCGCCGUCAGCCAGUCAUAAAGAGAGAGGGGAGGAACUGAAACAGGAAGCGGUUAAAAACAGCAUUUUUGUUCUGUUUGCUUCUAUCCUGAAGACAUUUCCCCUGAAAAAAAGACGAUAUCCUGUCAUCCUGUCUGACGUCUUUAAGCCUCAUGUUUCUGAUUGUAACGACACCAAGACUUGUGUUUUUGUUGCUUUUCUUCACCGGCGUCCCACCCAGAGCAUCGAUAAAUGUAUCAACUGAAGACUGGUCGUAACCCCUGUAGCCUCCAGCUCGCUGUUUGAUUUCCAACGUACUCUGGUCAUAGAAACGACAUGUUGAACACUUUGUUGUGAGAUUAAUAUCAAAAAUACUCUGUGUGUCUGCGCUGUUGUUCUUUGUCUUGACCUGUGUGAAUAAAUCACCCGCUGUACCAAAAAGUGUUGGAAAAUAUCCUGUAGAUCUGACAUUGUUAGAGAUGAUUUAUACCCUGAGAUCAUGCUGUAUAUAUGGAGAUAAUAAGUAAAU